CGCAAGAGCAGACGGUUGAGCGAUACUUUAGUUUGUGACGUCAAAUUAACCUCAAUUUCAUAGACAUUUAUUGUUCUGUCAGUAUGAAUGUAUACAAAAUCUAAGCUACUAUUAAUUAUUUUUUUUUAUACUAUUUCUUUAUCCAAAGGAAAGUUAAAUGAAUAAUAUAUUCCUAACAUUUCAUGUGAUACAUUUCUCAUAAAAGUUUUAAAAGCAUUAAUAUGAUGGAUGAUGAAACUUUAAACAGACUUGCAGUUGAAGCAUUAUUAGAAGAAGCAAAGCUUGGAGCAAAAAGGGCAGAAAUAAUGGGCCCUAGUGGAUGGAUAAAACCAAAGGAAUGUAUUAACAAAAGAUUCCUUCAUUCAACUUUACGUAAUGUUGUUCUUUCAAAUAAGUAUCAAGUGAAAAAGAAAAGUGAAAGACAAUUAUAUAAAUCAGAGAAUACGUUAAAAUAAUUGAUACUGUAUGAUAUCAUUUCUUAUUUGUGAAUAGAAAUAACUUUUAUUAUAUAUAAUUUUUAUGUUAAGUAGCUUUUAGAAUAUUGAUAGAAACUGUAAUUAAUGUAAAAUAUGAAGAGUAAAUGAAAGUAAAU